AUGACUCUCCUGCCGUCGCCUCUCGCUCAUUCUACCUUGGGCGAGAAGUGUGCUUCCUACCUGGACCACGUUACCGACAACAUCCCCGAGUUCCUCCACUCCCUCCGCCCUCGCCUCGAUCCGUAUCUGACAUACCUGUCGGCCACCCCCUCCGCUCCGUCGCGCAGGCGCUCCCAUUCGACGUCGACGAACAGACCACUGCUAUCUGUGCGGCUCUCCUCCUCUGUCAGCGACGCAGACUUUAGCUACAUCACACCGGACUACAUCGUCGAUCCCCCGGCCUCAGGCGCACACGCGGGACAAUAUGCGGAUAAUGCAGAGGACAACGAACCGGACAUUAUUCGUCUGCGACACCGAGGUACUAUCUACCCGCUGCAUUUUCGCGCCUAUGCCAUCGACGACGGUGUGCUGAAUGUAGGCGCGCUGCGACGAGAGGCUGCGCUGAAGGUGGGCGCCAGCAAUCCGAAUCGCGUCCGUCUACUGUAUAAAGGAAACUUGUUGAAGGAUGAUGCCCGACCCUGCAAGACCGAGGGACUCAAGCAGCACUCGGAGGUGCUCUGUGUCGUCUCAGAGGCCGAUGCGAACACCCCGAGUGACCUUUCCGACCAGAAUGGUCAGAUGAGUGACCACAUGGCGGGCCGCCCCGGUUCCUCGUCAUCCCGCAUCGGUGGAGACGACGAUGGCGAAGAUGGACAGGUGUCGCCCGCGCCCCGCAAGUCGAAGAAGAAGAGCAACCGAAAGAAGAAGGGCAAGAAGACUACUACCGACACGCCACCCCGGGAGGAGCUGCUGGGGGCAUCCUCCGUUCCAUCAUCGCGUCCCACGUCGUCGGGACCGGCCUACAUGCCGCCUCCGGCACCGAAUCUGAAGGGACUGGGCGCGCUGGAACAGGUCUCCGCCCUGGUUGGAUACCUCCAAAAGGAGAUCACGCCGCUCUGCGAUGAAUACGUGGCUGAUCCGCCAGCCGAGGCCAAGAAGCGGGAGUUUGAGCAUAAGAAACUGAGUGAGACGAUACUCGCGCAGGUGCUGCUGAAGGCGGACGGAAUUGAGCCAGACGGGGAUGUGACCAUUCGCAAUGCGCGCAAGGCCCUGAUCAAAGAAGCGCAAGCGAACUUGGACCGGCUGGACCAGGUCGAGAAGUUGUAA